AUGGAGCACAAGUCAAGUAGUGUCGAGCGGUCGCCGUUGUGGGCCGCCCACCAGCUUCGCGGUGACCGCCGUCACGGAUUCUGGUCGGUCCCGCUGUUUACAUCAUCUACUUUCAUCCCCUUGCCCGUGUUCCGGGCCCCCUUCUUCGCAAAGAUCUCGGACCUGUGGCACGCGUACCAUGUCUCAACUGGGACCCGUCAUAUCUUGCUGGGUCAACUCCACAAGAAAUACGGCCCGCUAAUUCGUCUCGGACCCAACACUAUCUCGGUGAAUACGGAUGAAGGCCUGCAAAAGAUCUUUUCGGCCACGUCACCAAUCGAUAAAUCUCCCUUCUACCAAGCCCUUACGCCAGGAUUUGACAGUAGCUUUGCUGCUGUCGGCCAGGCUUUCAAAGAGAAGAAGUCAAUCCUAUCUCAUGCGUUCGCCCAGAAGAAGCUAGACGCCAUGGAGACAACAUUUAUGAAACACACGCGGAAGCUUUGCCAUGUUAUGGCGACACGUGAAGAAGUUGAACUUGACGACUGUCUGUCGGUUUUGACCAUGGACAUUCUACUAGUAUCGGAUGUUUGUUUUGGUGAGACGUUUUAUUUGCUCUGCAAUCCCGCGGAGAAAACGAGGAUCAGCAAAGGCUUCGAGUAUGCGGCGAAAUCCGUAUCAUUGUUUCUGGAUGAGAUCGUCACCAAAGCAGAGGGUGUCUUCCUCUGUGUUCAUCUUUUUUGCACACAAUUACUCCAAGCAAUGUCGAGAGGCGAUGUAGUUGGUGACUUGAGGAGAAUAUUGAACACGCUUCCGGUCCAGAUGGAGAAUCUGUACGGCCACAUACUCGACAAUCUUGAUCUCAAGGAUCAUGCAGCCAAAUUCUUUCUGCUUUUACAGGCAAUUUUGGGACGGCCAGAUGCCCUCAUCGUCUCGUUCGUAGACGAUAUCGGUGACGACGUCGAGCUCGCCUUGAGAAUGCCUAAGAAAGCUCUCCCGGAGGCGGAAUUGAAGUACCGGGCCACCGAGCUGAAGAAACGAUUUAACUCAAGAUGCAAGGGUCUUCUAUCCCUUUCAACCGAGCUACUGGAUACAAGGAGUGCAACGUCGCGAUUCGGCAUAGGAACUGUCCAAUAUUGUCACCGAAGCGCCAAGGAUUACUUGACAAUGGACAGCGUCCAGAAAAAGUUCCUCAACAUGCUGGACGUGCCCUUCGAUCCUCACCCCAGACUCUGCUCAGCACAUUUGGCGCGGUGGAGGUGCUGCACAAGCAAUGCUUCUGAUUCAAUGUCUAUGUAUGUAUGGAACUUGCAAAACAGGUGGCCAGCGAGAGUAACGACAUGA